UGCGCACUGAUUCAUUUAGAAGUCAGCAACAUGAAAGUUAUUGUCAUUCUUCUGCUUGUGGCUGUAGUAAGCAGCAAGCCAGCUGAGGUCCCGAAGGAUCCAAUGAUAAACGAUGGACUCUUUGAGGGGGACAUGGCAGGCAUAGAUCUUGAACAGUGGGAGGAUAGGAAUGCAGUGCCCAGAGAUUCACAGCGGUGGAUAAAUGGAGUCGUUCCUUUCGUAGUCGACCCCUCUCUAUAUGACAUCUGGUUUUUGAUCAUGAAAGCUAUGCGCCAUAUUGAAGACAAUUCUUGCAUUCGCUUUGUUCAGAGGACAAACGAACACAACUACCUGAGUCUUUACAAAGGAACUGGAUGUUGGUCCUUCUGGGGCUUCCUGGGCAAUGGUGAACAGAAAUUAUCACUUGGAUCUGGUUGUGAGUAUCUUGGUACAGUUGUCCACGAAUUACUCCAUGCAUUAGGCUUCAUUCAUGAGCAGAACAGAUCAGAUAGGGACGAUUAUCUCGACAUCCACUGGGAAAACAUCUAUGAGAAGUGGGCAUAUGCAUUUAGGAAACUCUUGCCCGAUCAACACAGGCGAUUCACUCCUUUUGACUACGACUCUGUUAUGCUGUACGGAGAGAAAUCUUUUGCAAAGAACUGGGAUGUGAAAAGUAUGACAGCAAAAGAUGGAAGAUUUUUAGACGAAGCUUACAAUAAACCUGGCAUGUCCAAAAGUGAUAUUGAGAGAUUGAAUAUCCUGUACCAAUGCAAAAAAGCAUAGAAUAAAAUAACAUAAAAUA